CUCAGCGACAAUAACAUCGUCGUCACGUAGAUUAGUACGAGAGUCCAUCACAAUAAUUGUAUCAUAAUUAGGGUUGCCACCCGUACUUUAUAAUAAAGUAUUGUACUUUAUUUUGGGUAAACGUACUUUAUACUUUAUGAGGGCAAUAAAGUACGUGAAAAUACUUUUUUUUACCUAUUUCGACUUUUGAAGAUUUACUAAAAGAAACAAAAAGGUCAAGCGAUUAUUUGCGUUAAACGGAACGGAUCGCGUCGAUAAAGUUAAAUGCUGAGCAGCACUAUCGCUUUUGAACGUAACCCUUUGACGUUUUUUGCGGUUAAAGCAAAAGUUCAAAUAUUAUUUUCCGUUCUUGGUGUGUACAUUGUGAUAAUUCUUCAGUUAUGGAUGCAGAUAACUGUAUCUCACGAAAUACAUCUAAAAAACGAUUACUGGAAUCGGACUCUGACUUAGAGUUGGACUUCUAUAGUGACACUGACUGCAGUACACCGAAAAAAUGCUUAAAAGAAAUGAAUAUAAAGCAAACAAAACGAAGGCAAAAGUACAAAAGUCUGUGGGAAAAAGAACAUGGUGCUUGGUUAACCAAUGACCCUCAAAAUGAAUAUAAUGCGAAAUGCAAAUUAUGCGGAGUGAUUUUCGCUAUUGCUUCAGCUGGAAUAGGACAGGUUAGUGGAAAAAACUUAAUCUAAGGUAGAUGUGUGUAUGUGUGAGUAUGGGUGGGAGAAACGAGCAUGCAUGGAAAGAAUUAGUAUCACUAACACUAUCAUCAUAAUUAAUCUUUGGUUUCUUGGUGGUGUGGUGGUGAGGUGAUGGGUUUAUUAUUGGUUUACAGGUUAAGCAACACCUGCAAACAAAACAGCAUAAAUCGAAAUCUGAGAUGAAAAAAUCUAGUGGACUGCUUGAAAAAUUUAUUGGGCCUGCUUCUGCUUCCACUUCGUCUCAAGGUUCAUUUUACAGUGACAAAGACAAUGUUACAGCUGCUGAGCUAGCCUUAACAUAUCACACUGUUAAGCAUAAUUUGUCCUACAAUAGUAUGGACUGCACAGUUAAGUUAAAUAAAAUUAUUUAUGUUAAUUCAAGCACAGCCACAAGUAUUCGUCUAGCUAGGACCAAAAUGGAAGCACUAGUUACAGAAGUGUUGGGUCCAUAUGCUUUACAAAAUGUAAUAGAUGAUUUGAAUUCAAAUAAUUUAUAUUUCUGCUUGCAAACGGAUGCUUCCAACAAGAAAAAUAUAAAACUUUUCCCUUUGGUUGUGCAAUAUUUUACAGCCAAAAAUGGCAUUCAAAGUAAAUUAAUUGAUUUCUAUGAAAACAGCAAUGAAUCAGCUGAUGGCAUGUUUCAUGCAAUUGAGAAGUCAAUAGAGCAGUGCAAAUUAUCUUUUAGUAAUAUAUCUGGGCUAAGUGCAGACAAUACAAAUGCAAAUUUUGGAAUUAACCACUCAUUAUUUACAAACAUUAGAGAUUUGGUGCCGGACUUGAUCAAGGGAAAUUGUCAUGCUCAUAUAGUGCACAAUUGCAUGAAACAUGCCAUGAACUUUUUGUCCUAUGACAUUGAGAAUAUUAUCCUUAAAAUCUAUGCUCAUUUUUCCCACUCGGCUGUUCGGAGAGAAGAAUUAAAAAAAUUCAUAGAAUCGGUCGAUGGGGAUUUUCAUGAACUCAAACGCCAUGUCGGAACUAGAUGGCUCUCUCUUCUACCUUGUAUAGAUACUAUAUUGUUAAAUUGGAGAGCAAUUAGAAAUUAUUUUGUGAGCCUAGGAGAAGACUGCCCAAUGAUUAUACAAAAUUUGUUAUUGCUGAAUACCAGUGAUAAUCAUGACUUGAUUGAUGUUUACUUUAAUUUUUGUAGCCAUAUUUUAAAUGUGUUUACUAAAACUGUAAAAUUCUUAGAAGGGAAUAACAUAACAAUUUUGGAUGUAUACAAUAUUAUGCACAAUCUUAGGAAAGAAUUAAUGAAAAGAAAAGAAGAUCUCUUUUUUGGAUAUGAAACUGGAAAAAAGAUUAAACAAAUCGAGAUGUCCUCACCUGAAGUUAGUCAAAAAAUUCAUAGAAACUUUAUAUUGUUCUUAGACAAAGCCUUAAUGUACCUGGAUAAAUGGUUUGAUUUCAAUCAAACAAAUUGGCUCUUUUCACUGAGCAACAUAAAUUUAAAUAGUGAUGUUGAAUAUCAACACUUUUCUCACUUAGUAGAAACUUUGAAACUGCAAAAACUUAAUAUUAACAUGGAUGACCUGUAUGAAGAAGUUUCUUUAUUAAAAGAGUUAUAUGCACAAUUUAUCAUUCUAAAGAUUUUUUGGAAUUAUCUACAUCACAGAAGUGGCAAAAAUUUUUUCAAAGUAGUAAUGAUUUCGUAAAUAUAUAUAAAAUCGUGUCAUUUCUGCUAUCCAUUCCUGCCACUUCAGCAUUUACAGAGAGAGUUUUUUCUCUGAUGAAUGCUAAGUGGCGAGACGAACGAAACAGAGCGUCCCUAAAUUUAAUAAAAAACGAAUUAUUUACAUAUUUCAAUCUAAACAUAGAUUGUAAAGAUGCGGUUAAGACGUUCUUUGAUAAUAAAUAUUUGUUAGAUGUUGCCAGAAGUAACAAAAAAUAUGUAUGGA